AUGACUGGAAUGUCCGGCAUGGCAGGCAUGGCCUCAAGUGUGACAGGUAGUGCCGCAAUGGCAUCCGAGACCGCGAUGUCACACGGCGACAGCUCAGAAGGCAUGGACAUGAUGGGUGGUUGCAAGAUCAGCAUGCUGUGGAACUGGUACACCGUUGAUACCUGCUUCAUCGCCACGUCAUGGCACAACACAUCCAAGGGCAUGUUCGCCGGAUCAUGCAUCGGUGUUAUCCUCCUCGUCAUCACUCUUGAAGCCCUCCGACGUGCCGGCAAAGAGUAUGACCGCUACAUCGUGAACCAAUACUUGGCCACGCAUGUCCACUCAGCUACAGUCGCUUCAUCCGCUUCGUCAGACAACAGCAAGACUCCAGCGACCAAUGCAAGUCCCUCUCCAACAGUUCAGAACUUCCGCCCAAGCGUUCUCCAGCAAGCCGUCCGCGCGCUCCUCCACAUGCUGCAGUUCGCAGUAGCAUAUUUCGUCAUGUUGCUGGCCAUGUACUACAACGGAUACAUCAUCAUUUGCAUCUUCAUCGGCGCGUAUAUUGGUUACUUCAUCUGUGGCUGGGAGAGCUUCAAUGUGGGCAGAGGCGGUCAAGAUCGCAUGCAGGAGAAUGCGACCGUUUGCUGCGGCUAG